AUGUUCAUUUGCUGUUUUAUACGCUUCACCUUGUGCUUUUUUUUCUUUUCUAUAACGCACGGUGAGGAGCGCCUAAGUGAUGCCCUGCAGCAGACGGAGUCUAUGCAGCGUGACAUCACCAAGAGAGACGCAGAGCUCCAGACUGUGAAGGAGCAAUUGGAGAGAUCUGAAAGUGCUCUAGAAAUCGCCACAAAGGAGAAAGAGGAGGGCAGCAAGGAGGCCGAUGCCCAGGUUCAGCAGAAAGACAAAGACAUUGCGUCUCUCCAGCAGGAGCUCACUCAAUUAAAGGAGCAGCAUGAAACAUGUAAAGCACAGCUGAUGCAGUGUGAAUCAUUGGUGGAACAGCAGAGACAGGAAUUGGCAUCUGUGACUGAGGAGCAGAGAGCCAGGGAAAAAGAGGUAUCUCAGCUCAGCAGCACUGUGGAGAGACUGGAGCGCGAUUUAGGAAUCAUCAAUGAGAAGCACAAAGCUGCCCAGAAGGAGGUCUCCAACAGAGAUCAGACAAUACUGAACCUCCGCACAGAUCUCACUGCCAAAGAACAGGAGCUGCAGCAAUCCCGGAGUGAGCUCUCUGAACGUGAUGAGGAGCUGAAUAGCGCUCGCUCUAAGCUAAAGAACCUCCAGAGUGAUGUGCAGAGCCUCCAAGAGAUCUGCUCAGAGCGAGCAAAUACCGCCAUUGAAAAUGAAACCGUCAUACAGAGGCUUCGUCAGGAGAAAGAGGAUAGUAAGGAGGAGAUGCAGAGGCUGCAGCAGCAGCUUUCGUCUUUGAGACAGAUGCAUCAGAUGGACACGGAGCGGAUGAGAAGCGACACUGUGCGGCUGCAGGAGAAGCUGGAGUCCAUAACCAGGAGAAGCGAGGAGCAGGAGCUGGAACUGCAACGCUGCAGAGUGAAAAUGGAGAGACUGGCACAGGACCUGACCCUGGCACAACAUCUACAGCUGCAAUUGGAGGAGCAGUUGUCACAGCGAGAUGAUGAGCUACAUCAGCGGGACGAUGAGGUGCAGAAGCUGCAGUCACGGCUGUGGGAGGCCGAGGAGCGAGCAGUCAGUGCAGAGAGCCAAUGCAACUCCUCAAAUAGCAGCAUGGAGCUUUACCGCAGCAAAUACCAGGCCUGUGUGAGCCGAGUGGGGGAACUGGAGGCCAGCCUGAGACAGAUGGAGGAUGAAGUGCGGGACAUGAAACAUGAGUUGUCUGAGCGGGAUUCCCGUCUGUCUGCCCUGCGGGGGGAACUCCUGGUUUUGCAGCAGGAGCUGGAGGGGAAAUGUACAGAGCUAGAGGGCUGCGAGGAAGCCAUUGAUCAGCUGACUCAUGAACUUCAAGCAACGCAGGUGGACUUAACUUCUAGCCAAGAACAAGCACAACAAAGCGAAGAGAUCCUUCAGUCUGUGCGAGGCCAUGCUGCACAACUGCAGAGCCAGGUGGUGGAGUUUGAGGAAGACUUUGUGAAGUUGCAGACAGACUUCUCAUCCUAUAAAGCUUCCCAUAGAUACAGCGAUAGCAGCUACGCGGACAUGGAACGGCUGGUGCGCCAGCUAACAAAGGAACUGAAACUGUCAGAGGAGGAGGUCCAGCGGCAGAUGCAGGACAUGGAGCGUAGUCAGGCUCUCCUGAUGGAAGUCAAACUGGAUCUAACUAAGGAACGAGAGCAGAGAAACGGCACUGUGAAAGAUGUGGAACGGCUGCAGCUGGAGGUCUCUUCUUUAAGAAGAAACACAGAAGCCCAAGUUCAAGAGCACAAGCGACUCGUGUCCGAGCAACAGCAGCAGAUCCAGAAAUUUCAGGAGGAACUGAAAGAUACCAACAAGCUGGCCAGUCACAAAGAGCAGGCAAUCCAUAAGCGUGAUGCUCUCCUGCGUCAGUCAGAGGCCGAUCUUCUUCAAGCUCGCAGCAAUCUGAAAUCCCUAAAUCAGGAGAUCGAACGUCACCUGGAGUCCGCCCGGGGAAUGGAGAGAAGAUUGCAGAGUACGCAGCGGGAUUGUGAGCAGAGAGACAGGGAGAAUAGUGCCCUGAGGACAGAAAUACAGGAGCUGAAGAAGGAGCUGCAAGAGACCUACAAACACCACCAGGAAGCAGUGCAGACGCUGGCAGGGCAGGAGGAGAAGACCCUUCUGGUGGAGAGCGCCCUUCAGAGCACACAGGAGCAGCUGAGCGAGCGCGUAGCUGAGGUGGUGAGACAGGAGCAACAUGUACGCAAGAUAGAAAGUGAGAUGCGUUCACUGAGGGAGCGGGUGAUUGCCAGUGAUGAGGAGCUGGAGCAGUGCAGGACACUGGUGGAACGGCUGAAACUGGAGCUGAACGAGGCGAAAAAGAGGCAUCAGACAUCAUCACAGGAAGGCCUGAAACUGCAACAUUUACUGAGCAAACUACAGCUGGAGCAGACCGGUGACCAGGAGCAGCGCAUAGCUCUGCAGCAGCAGCUGCAGGAACAAAACACAGUUCAGCAGUCUCUCAGAACAGAGCUGGAGGAGCAGCAGAGCCGACAUGAGGAGCUCCAAAGACAGCAUCACAAAGCCAAGGAGCGAGAGAAUACUCUGCAGAGAGAGCUGGAGGAGCUGAGCCUGAGGGUGAAGCACUCGGACCGCCUGCUGGCAGAAAGGGACCGGGCACUACAAAACUUGCAAAGCAGCUACACACAGUUGGAGAGGAGAUGGCAGUCUGCUCAGGAAGAAGCCAGAGACAGCACUGCUCAGCUAGAACUGACCAAGAAUGCCUUGCAACAAGCGCAGAGGAAGAUCCAGACCCAGAACAAGGAGUCAAAGCGCCUUGAGGAGUCCCUGAUACGGCUGCAGACGGAGGAGGAGGCAGCGCAAAAAACAGCAAGGGGGAAAAGCCAGGAGUUGAACACUACGCAAGAGUGUCUGCAAGAGCUGAAAAACCAAGUGUCUGCUGCACAGGCUGCCCAGCGGGAGGUUAGAGAACAGCUUAGUGACAAGAACAGAGAACUGGCUGCUUUGCAGAACGAGCUUCAGCGGAGCCAACACAGGAAGGCCGAGCUGGAGCGGGAGUGUAUGGCUCAGGAAGAGCGAAUCAGGAGGCUGAGCACAGAGAUGAGCGCCGUACAUGAGCUUCACAAGCAGAAGGAGCAAGAGGCAGAGGCAUGUGAGGGCCGGGCACGAGAGCUGAAUAACCAGCUGAAGCACUGGCAGAGGUUACACCAGGAGCAUACACACAAGCUCAGACAAAGAGAAGAUGAUGUGAAGCAGCUCCAGGAACAACUUACAGUCUUGAUGGAGAAGCUGAAAACUGAAGGCAAAGAGAGGGAUGAUCGCCAGAACUCUAUGAACCAGCUAAAGAUGAAGUACAAUGCCGCCACCAGUGAGCUGGAGACUCUGCGCAACUCUCUGGAAGCAUCGCGGGAAGAUUGUCGGCGGCUGCAUCGCGAAAGUGAACUGGUCGUCUCGAAUGUCAAUGAAUGGGUCGGCGAACAGAAGGAAGCCAACAAGUCUCUGGGGGAGAAGAUCUGGGAGCAGAAUAAGCAGAUCCAGCAACUGUCUACAGAAAAAGACCAUAUGCAUGAGGUGAUCGAACAGCUGCAGCGAGAGAACAGACAUCUGAGGAACAUAGAAGAUGAGAGGCGCAUAGAUCAGGAGCGCUACAAGCUGUCACUGCGCCAGUCAGACUUGGAACUUCAUCAACCCUCUGAGGAACUCGGGUCUCUGCGUUCUGCUAGAAGAGUGUUCACCAGCGCUGGAAACCUCAGAACAAAGCCACGCGGAGGCUCAUGAUGCCAAGGUGCCACGCCUUCUACUUCCUAAAUGCCAGUCACUACAGAGAGAGAGAGCACAAUGACACUGAAUGUAUAGAAGCUGCUUUUACCUUUUUACUUAAUGGAACACAGGUGCUGGGGCCACAAGGACCCCAAAACUAUCU